CGAGUGCGAACGUUUGAACAGCUGACAAUGAAGUAGCGGCAACUGAACGGUUUUCGGUGAUUUAUUGUGUGUAUAGCAGUGCAUUUUGUUUGAAGAUAAACUCAAAGAUCUAAAAGCAGACAAAGCGAAUGUUGCAGUAGACUUGUGCAAGAAAUAGAGUACUUAGAAGUAAUUCCUAAAUUAGCAAACCAAAAAUAAAACGAAAAAAACGUGCCGCGAUUAUAUGUGAAGCGUGUGUAUGGGCUUUGGUUGCAAGUAGCAAUUGUAAUUCAGUUGCAUGCAACAUUCGAGUACAUACUUACAACUAUACAUAGAUUGCCAUAAAGCGCGGUAGUAGCAAGUUACCAAGGGAGACCGUGAAACGGCAAAUCGAAAAACAAAAACAGAAUCGAAGAAAACACAUACAAGAAUUGCAUGCCCAUGUACAUAUACGUAGUAAAGGUUUUGCAUAAGCGCAGUGCAUUGAAACGAAAGACUUAAGCAACGAACUCGGUUGGGUAGUGAGGCUAGAAGUGUCUUGCUACUUUGAAAUCUAUAUCGACAGCUCAACGCACAAAUGCCAAACCGUGGAUGACGGAUUGGAAGAAGACCGAUUAGAAGCGAGAUAGACAUAAGAAGAAAAAACAGCAAUAACAGCAAGUAUCAGCUUCCUUUUCCUUUGCAAAACAACAACAAUAACAACUACAGCAACAACAGUAAAAAUAGGAGAAAGCCAAAUUGGUCGUAAACGUGCAGACAGCCAGUCAUUUGCUAGAAAAAAUAGAUACCAAGAAAACGUGCAACAACAAUAAAAAAUAAAACAACACAAUUUAUACAAAAGUGCAACGCUUGUUGUUACUUUCAAAAUCAAAAUAGUAAACGCACACACAAACGUACAGAAAUUCAAUUUGCAAAUAACAACAGCAGCAAGCCGUUACAUAUCGCGAACGAGUAUAAACACAUAAUUGCAUACAGCGCAAGUAGUCAAUAUGUCAGUUGGCCGUUGUGAUUGCCUGGUGAGCGUGCCAACCGGUCCCACAUUGGCCUCCACCUGUGGCGGCAGUGCAUUCAUGCUGUUUAUGGGCUUGCUUGAGGUGUUCGUACGUUCACAAUGUGAUCUCGAGGAUCCCUGUGGCCGUGCCACGCCAAGGUUUCGUUCGGAGCCGGACCAUGACUAUGACUUUAUUGUGAUUGGCGGCGGCUCGGCUGGUUCGGCCGUUGCCUCCCGUCUUUCCGAGGUCCCGCAAUGGAAAGUAUUGCUCGUCGAAGCCGGUGGCGAUGAACCGGUUGGCUCGCAAAUACCUUCAAUGUUCUUGAAUUUCAUUGACAGCGCGAUUGAUUGGCGCUACACCACCGAACCGGAACGUAUGGCCUGUUUGGGAGCGGAAGGACAGCGUUGUACGUGGCCACGUGGUAAAGUUUUGGGUGGUACAUCGGUGCUAAAUGGCAUGAUGUACAUACGCGGCAAUCCUGAAGACUAUAACAAUUGGGCUGCCCUGGGCAAUCCCGGUUGGUCGUAUGACGAAGUGCUGCCAUUCUUUAUGAAAUCCGAGGAUAAUUUGCAAUUGGAUGAGGUAGAUAAGAGCUUGCAUGCAAAAGGUGGACCAAUACCGGUGUCACAUUUCCCUUACAAUCCACCAUUGUCGUAUGCGAUAUUGAAGGGAGGAGCAGAGUUGGGCUAUACCGUACAAGAUUUGAACGGCCGCAAUUCUACUGGUUUCAUGAUCGCCCAGAUGACAUCUCGCAAUGGCAUACGCUGGAGUUCGGCGCGUUCUUUCUUACGUCCGGCGCGCAGUCGCAAUAACCUGCACAUUUUACUCAACACCACCGCCUCCAAGGUACUCUUUAAACCCGACAGUAAAACCGUUGUAGGUGUGGAGGUCAUCGAUCAAUAUGGUAGCACGCGUAAGAUAUUCGCCAAGAAAGAAGUGAUCGUCAGCGGUGGCGCCGUGAACUCACCACAAAUACUUCUGCUUAGCGGCAUCGGCCCGGCUAACGAGCUUGCGAAGGUCAACAUACGUCCGAUACAUAAUCUACCCGGUGUCGGCAAGAAUCUACAUAAUCAUGUCUCCUUCCUUAUCAACUACUUCAUUGACGAUACAGACACAUCACCACUAAAUUGGGCCACCGCUAUGGAGUAUCUACUCUUCCGCGAUGGUCUAAUGUCCGGCACUGGCAUCUCAGAUGUGACCGCCAAAGUGCCCUCACGUUAUGCCGACGAUCCAAAUGCCCCCGAUUUGCAACUUUACUUCGGUGGCUACACGGCCAGUUGCUCACGUACCGGUCAGGUGGGCGAACUGCUUUCGAACAACAUGCGCUCCAUACAAAUGUUCCCAACAGUGCUGCAUCCCAAAUCACGCGGCUCCAUUACGCUCGCUUCCAGCGAUCCACUAGCACCACCCAGUAUCGUGGCCAAUUACUUAACGGAUGAACGUGAUGUUAAGAGGCUGAUUGAAGGCAUCAAGUUCGCCAUUAAAUUGUCACAGACCUCACCGCUCAAGCAGUACGGCAUGCGACUGGAUAAGACAUUGGUAGAGGGCUGUGAAUCGUUAACAUUCGGCACAGCUGCGUAUUGGGAAUGUGCGAUACGGCGCAAUACAGGCGCCGAAAAUCAUCAAGCAGGCUCCUGUAAGAUGGGGCCAGCCAGUGAUGAUUUGGCGGUGGUGGAUCACGAGUUGCGUGUGCAUGGUGUACGAGGGCUGCGUGUCAUGGACACAUCCAUUAUGCCAGAAGUGACAUCGGGCAACACGCAUGCGCCUGCGGUGAUGAUCGCUGAGAAGGGUGCAUACAUGGUGAAGCGUGCAUGGGGUGCUAAAGUUUGACGGCUGGACGCAACGUGGACGCUGCAUAGAGUAAUUUAAAAAAGAAAACUAAAAAUAUGAAAUAUUUGCGUUAAAUUUUAAAACAAAAGAGGUGAUAAAAAUAUUACAAAAUUAAAAAAAAAACAUAAGUUAAAAAAAUUAACCAAUUUAAAACUAUUUAUAAAAAAUGAAUUAUUUAAAAAUUAAUUAAAUGUCAGUAUGAAUAUGAUUAUUAUUCCAAACCUUUCCAUUUCUUCUUUAACUGAAUGUUAAGCAUUCGAUAACCCAAUUCGUUUCUAAUCAUUUUCGACCUAACCUUAAAACUUUUCGAACCAUACACCACUUACUCCGUGCCACGCUCCUCGUUGCCUGACCACUUUAGAUAUACACUGUUUUAUUUACUUAAUAGCAUAGUUACUGCUGGCUCGAUUUCUUACUUGACUUAUGAAGUUUGUGAAAAAAUUGACUGAAUUGAAGUUUUAAAGAAAAUUUUUUAAAAAUCUAUUUUCACUAAAAGAAAUCAAUUCAAUAAUAUGUGCUUUUCAACAAAAUUAAUUUCAACUCAUAAUAUUGAUAUAUGAUACUAUAAAAGUUAAGAUGGAUUUCCCAGGAAGCUAACACACUUGGACUCACAAGAGAUAGCUGUCAAAGGUGAUUCCACUGACAAUAUAAACGUCCACUUUUUCUUUGUACUGUGAUUCUUGAGAGUUUAAAAAAUGUGCGCUAAUUCUUCACGCCUUCCAUGAUAGCGCAUUUCAUGCAAUAUUUCUUCAUUCAAAAAGCAAUAACUGAGUCGAAGUCGUUCUCCACUUGGUCCAGCCAUGCAGGGCAAGCUUUUUCCUUCCAUUGCUACCACUAGCGUGUAUAAAGUCGAAUUUCUAAGAGCAGCUGGCGCACUGAAGUCCAUUGAAAUAUUAAUUCGUUAGAUUCGUCGCCUUCACCAACGCACAAAGCUUCAUAAAUCUUCCGGUGAACCUUUCAGUCAAACAUUUCAAAAACCGACUCAUCCAAAUUUAAUAUCCUCUUAAUCUCUGAGCUGUAGUAUAAGGCAUUCAUGUUGAGAAUCUUUCACAGUAUUUUUACGGAAACAUGCAUUGAUUGGCUAGAAAACCGAAACAAGGUUUAAGAGAAUUAAUGAAGUAAGAAUAGAGAUAUUCCAUAGCUUAAUUUUUUUUCUUUGUAUAAACAUUUACAAUAAAAAAGCGGUAUUCACAGAAUAAAUAGAAUUAAAUUUUGUUUUUUAGUUUUGCUAAUUUCAAAAAUUUUAAAUAUUUUUGUAUUUAAAAACUGAAUUUUUACACCACUUCAGACAACACGACUAUACUAUAAGUAUAUAAAAGAUGGCGCAAAAUUAAUCACCCUAUGGGAAGAUUUUUAUUUUUUACAAAUGGCGGCGUACGUGAAACAUGUUUGACAAUUGUGUACUAGAGAGCUGCGGUAUGCAAACAGACAAUCAAUAGAGCGCGAGAAGGUCAAAAUAAAAGU